CUUUGAUUGCAUUCCACUUUACAAUGGUAUAGUUUUGUAAUAAAGCAUUAGUAGUCUUACAUCUCUUUCACUCUUGUAGUAUAUUCAAUCUUGCUAACUUUGUUUACCUUGCUUAAUGUUCAAAAAUGCAAACAUUUGGUAUUACAGCCAUCUCAGUACCUACGGCAUCGUUCCUUUAGCGUUUGUUUUACAGUUUUGAUUAUUUUACAAUGAUCAUCGACCUAAUUGUAAAAUUAAAUGUAGUUGUGACUUAAAUAUAAUUAUACUAAGGGUUUUCCACAAGAAUGAAACAGUAUAGCUUUCUGUUCUGAUUUACGCCAUAGUUUUUGUGAGUGAACCAUUUGUUAAAAAUGAGCAAAAGACGCCGUGCAUCGUCAGGGGCUUCGCGAGGAGCUGAUUUGGAUGACAGUGAUGAUGGAGUCGAAUUAAGCAACCCUGGCCCUCCACCAUCGGCUCGGAAACGGAAGAAGUUGGAUCCCGGUGAAAUCUGCCAGCAAUUGUAUGACACAAUCCGUUCAUACAAGAAAGAAGAUGGUACGUUACUCUGUGACUCAUUCAUCCGAGCACCAAAGAGGCGUCAGGAACCGCAGUACUAUGAAGUUGUAUCACAACCUAUUGACUUGUUGAGAGUUCAGCAAAAAUUGAAAACGGAUACUUAUGAGGAUAUUGAGGAGUUAUCUGCAGACAUUGAGCUGUUGGUAAACAAUGCUAAGGCAUUCUACAAGCCUGACACGGCGGAAUACAGGGAUGCAGUCGACCUUUGGAAGCUAUACAUGCAGACUAAACAGGCUUUGGAGAAUGAUGAAGACAUCAAGUUACCAAAACUGUCUCGCAACGGUUCAUCCAGCCGGCGAUCCGAUGUAGCCGAGGAUCUGUCAGAGACUUCCACCAAUAAUGAAGAGGAUAAUGUGUAUGAAGAACUCUUUAAUGCUGUGAUGUCAGCAAACACUGAUGGCCGGCAUUUAUACUCUGCAUUCCAAUUUCUACCAUCGAAGCGUCGCUACCCAGAGUAUUACAGCAUUAUUGACUCCCCAAUAGACCUAAAGACUAUAGCACAGAAGAUUCAGUGUGGAGAGUAUACUAACUUGACAGAAUUAGAGAAGGACCUUCUACUGAUGGUCAGGAAUGCUUGCCAUUUCAAUGAACCAGGAAGUCAGAUUUAUAAGGAUGCUAAGACUUUGAAAAAGGUAAUACAAAUGCGCAAACAAGAGAUUGAUCAACAUGGCCGUAGUGGACCGGCAAAGACUUCGGAACGUAUCCGCAGCAAGAGGACUUCAAGGGUUGGGCCUGUGCCCAACAGUAAGGCGCUGGCCAUCAUGGAACCGCCAGGGUCUGACACAGAGCCUGAUGUUAAGCAUUCAGAAGACAGCGCCGGCGAAAGUGAUGAAGAGAAAAAUGAAAAUGAAGACUCGCCACAAUGGAAACUUCUGGAAACUGUCAAGAAUCAUUUGGGGCCAAACGGUAGUCCUAUGUCAGAGGAUUUCUGGAAGCUUCCAUCUCGUCGGGCAUACCCCGAUUACUACAAGGAGAUCAAGAAUCCAGUUUCUUUGAACCAAAUUAAGAAUAAGAUUCGACGGGGCAACUACGGGACGUUGUCUGAAGUGGCUGGUGAUAUGAACAUCAUGUUUGAGAACGCGAAACAGUACAACGUACCGACAUCAAGGCUAUACAAGGACGCUGUCAAAUUGCAAAGAAUUAUGCAGCAGCGCGUCCAAGAGUUGCUGGACAUCGUGCAGAGUUCUUCAAGCGACGACGAGAGUCUCUCGUCCGUGAAGAACCAAGCCCAACAAACGCCCAGACCAAGAGGCCGUCCUCGUUUAAACCCCGUACAAGGGGCCUCAGCUCCUUCUCCUAUCAGCACCCCGGUCAAAUCCAACCUACCAUUGAAGAAAAAACUUCAUUAUGUAUCGAAACAAUUGGUGGAGUUCACCUGCUCGGAUGGAAGACAACCAAUGCUGUUAUUUAUGGAGAAACCAAGCAAGAAACUGUAUCCAGAAUACUAUAAUGUGAUUGAUAAACCCAUUGAUAUGAUUACUAUUGAAGCUAAUAUUAAGAAUGACCGCUACAAUUCAAUAGAUGAAAUGGUAUCAGACUUCCGUUUAAUGUUCUCGAACUGCCGUCAAUUCAACGAGGAAGGUUCAAUGAUAUACGAAGACGCUAACCUUCUAGAACGUGUGAUGAACGAGAAACUUAAAGAAGUCCACAAUAACACUAGCUUUGAGAAGAAAACUCCAUUGAAAGCUAUUAAAGUGGUCAAACAGAGGCAAUUGUCGCCUUUUGAACAGAAGUUAAGGACUUUGUAUGAUGCUAUCAGGGAUUAUAGGGAUCCUAAAGCUAACCGUCAACUAGCCCUGAUCUUCAUGAAGCUACCGAGUAAAAUCGAGUACCCAGACUACUAUGAAUUAAUUAAAAACCCUAUAGACAUGGAGAAAAUAGCCCACAAACUAAAGAACAAUGUCUACGGCUCCGUCAACGAGCUAGCAUCGGAUUUUAUACUGAUGUUUGACAAUGCUUGCAAAUACAACGAACCGGACUCACAGAUCUAUAAAGACGCUUUGAUACUCCACAGAGUCUGUUUACAGACCAAACAAAUGUUAAGGGAGGACGAUGAUGCAGUACCAGAUGUUCCAGCUGCAGUACAAGAGCUCCUGCUCAAUCUAUUUACAAGCGUUUACAAUCAUCAAGAUGAAGAGGGCAGAUGCUAUUCAGACAGUAUGGCGGAGCUACCAGAGCAUGAUGAGGCGGCUAACGGUGAGAAAGUGCGCGCCAUCUCCCUGGACCUGGUGAAGCGGAGGCUGGACAAGGGCCUCUACAAACGGCUCGACCAUUUCCAGCAGGACAUGUUUGCUGUCUUCGAAAGAGCCCGUCGCCUAUCACGGACGGACAGUCAGAUCUUUGAAGACUCGGUGGAACUCCAAUCGUAUUACAUAGACCAGCGCGACCAGCUGUGUCGCGGUACCUUGCAGUCGCCGGCCCUGGCCUUCACGCGCGACACCAUGGCCACCAGCGUCGAGCUCGUCAAGCAGUGCAAACUGCUGCAGGAGAACGAAGAUGAAGAUGAGACCAGGUCAAGUACAGACGACUCGAUGCCAUCGGGCGGUGCCCCGCUCCUGAUGACGGCGUACCGCAAGGGAGACUUUGUAUACGUGCAGCCGGACAAAGGGAACAAGGAGCCGAGCAUAGUGCAGGUCGAACGCGUCUGGACUAACAAUGAAGGCGUGCCUUGCAUGUACUGCAUCGUGUAUUACAGACCUCACGAAACGUUCCACGUGCGCACGCGCAAGUUCCUGCAGCAGGAGGUGUUCAAGACGGAGGCGCACCGCGUCGUGCCGCUCGACCAGGUCGUCGGCCACUGCUACGUCAUGAAUGUCAAGGAGUACUUCAAGUUUAAACCUGAAGGAUUCGCUGACAAAGAUGUGUACGUAUGUGAGAGUCGGUACAACACCAAGUUGCGCUGGUUCAAGAAGAUCAAAGUGUGGGAGGGAGCGGAGAAGGAAGUCACACUGACACCAAGAGAAGUUCCAUUAGAGCCCAAUAGAACCGUAUCCGUGUUCCGUGAGCGCGUGGAGAAGCACAAGGACGAGCUGGCCGAGCUGGAGGUCCUCGAGAAUGUACAUGAGAAAGAGCGGCCGGACGUAGUGAUGUACAAUCCGUUGGGUACGGAUGACGAGAACACUUACUACGAGCAGUACAACACGGUGUGCUCCGGCGUUAUCAAGACCGGAGACUAUGUAUACGUCGUUACCGACGGAGGGAAGCAGAUGAUCGCGCAAGUCGACACUAUUUGGGAGACUGGAGACAACAAAUGUUACUUCCGCGGUCCGUUCCUGAUCUUCCCGUCGGAGGUGGCGAAUAUUAUAAACAAGAGUAUGUUUGAUUUCCAGCCAUUCUACAAGCAAGAAGUGUUGCUCACUACGAUGCACGAUACUAGUCCACUUGUGGGCAUUGUUGGGAAGUGCUCCGUGCUCGAUUAUGACGAUUAUCUUAAGUGUCGUCCGACGGAGAUAUCGGAGAGCGACGUGUAUGUGUGUGAGUCGGUUUAUGACGAGUCUAACCGCGUCGCGCGCAAACUCAAGGCGGGACUGCGCAAGUUUGAACAUACCAAGGAUGUCACCAUCGAUGAGAUUUACUUCUUCCCGAAGCCGCUGGGUCCCCCCGCCCUGGCGACUCCCCAGGAGGUACAGUCCACGUCCAGCGCCUUCACACAGAAGCAGUUCAACCCGAACACCAACUCCAUGGACUCCAUCGACGUGAAGCCUCAGUUCACAAACCUGAUUAACACCACAAUAGGCAGUCAGGACGUCGAGAUGAUACUGGAGAACUCCCUCGAUGACUCCUCACUUGCGUCGCCCGCCACACCGCUGUCCAUAGGUGGUAACAGCAACCCAUAUAAUCCAUCAAUGACGGCGACACCAACACAGGAGCGAUCCAACAGCACUGCUACCCCGGCUAGUAGUAAGAAGAAGAAGGACAACAAACAGAAGAUAGUUACCGGAUACAUUCUAUACUCCAGCGAGGUCAGACGAGCAAUCGUUGCCAACAACCCCGAGUCUACCUUUGGAGAGAUCUCGAGGAUUGUGGGCAACGAGUGGAGGUCCCUGCCGGCGUCCACCAAGCAGAGCUGGGAGGAGAGGGCGGCGCGCUGCAACGAGGAGACCUCGGCGCGAUUGGCUGAGGAGAUGCGGGAACUCGCGCAACACACUCCAAUGGAGACGACGUAUGAGUGUGCUUGGGACACAUGCGACUAUCAGUUCGAGGAUCUUGCGGAUUGCAUGGAGCAUUGCAUCGGGGAUGGAGGUAACAUGAUCGGUACAUUUAUCGAAACCAAGAAACCAAAAUUAGAACCGGGGCAUGUCCAGCAACACUACCGCGGUACUCUAACCGAGUACCCGUGUGUCUGGCGGAACUGCGCGCGCGUGCGCAAGGGCCAGGCACCCUUCCCCAACCUGCCGCGUCUACUCCGACACGUCAGAGACCUACACGUCAAUAAAGGGAACGGCAGACUCAUGGCUGUCCACGAGAGGUCCAGAAACUUCGUGCCGUCCUCUAAGAAGCCAGCGAAGCAGUUCUCAACCAACGUACGCAGUGGUGUCAUGUCGCCUGGAGCUUCUCUAUCCGGCAUGUCUCCCCUGGCCCGUAACACGCCGUCCCCUGGCGCGGGUGAAGGCUCGGCGACACUGACGGUGGCGCCCCCUGCCGUGGGGUCACGGCCCCCGCUCGACCCCCUGUUUGUAGCCGCGCCACCUCGAGCGCAGAGACUCACGCAUUCCGAGGCUUAUAUCAGAUACAUUGAAGGUCUACACUCAGAACAGAAGUACAUAACUCCGUGGGAGAAAUCUCUGACACCGAUGCCAAUCAACCCAGAUCCAGCACAAUUCAACAUGCAUAAGGUUCCAGCUCACUGGAUGACUGAGGAAGCUAUAAAUGGAUACCUGGCACAGGACAAGAGCCUAUCAGAGACCGAUAUACAGAAAAUGGACCAAAAUUCCAAGAUCUUAAAAGGAUUAUGCGCUUUAAGAGAUUUCAUGAUGAAGGAUGCUCUGUACCUUUCUAAAGUGGUCUAUGGAAAUAAUACUUAGGAAUAGUUUAUGGAUAUAGGAUUACAACCGUGUAUUCGAAUAAAUCAGUAAACUUUAUUAAUAAGAAUCAAUUUGCUUUCUAUAAUUUGUUUUGUUUCUCUUUAGAUUUAAGUGACGUUUUUUUUAAAGAAUUUUAUUGUGUAAGGCAACUUUAUUGUUUAAGUCUAAUAAAUAGUUUGGACAAGAUCUGUACAGAUCUGGGCUCUAAUAAAAGUUUUGAUUAUGGUAAAAGAUGUUUUAUUUAUUCACAAGACUAUUUUAUUUACUCGACUAGCUCAGAACUACAUUAGG